CAUGAUGUGUCUGUGUUUUCUCCACAGGCUGGAACAUACACUUUCAACAGGGCCAAGCUGAUGAAUGUGGGUUUCCGAGAAGCCAUGAGGGAGGAGGACUGGGACUGCCUCUUCUUCCAUGAUGUGGACCUCAUCCCGGAGGACGAUCGCAACACGUACGUCUGCGACUCCACCCCCAAGCAUGUGGCCAUCGCCAUGGACAAGUUCGGCUACAAGCUUCCGUACAAGAUGUACUUUGGAGGAGUGUCAGCUCUGACGCCACUGCACUACCUCAAGAUGAACGGCUUUCCCAACAACUACUGGGGCUGGGGUGGAGAGGACGACGAUAUUGGACUCAGAGUGUCUCUGGGGGGGAUGUACAUCAGUCGUCCCUCAGUGAAGGUCGGCCGUUACAAGAUGAUUAAACACAAGCUGGACAAAGGCAAUGAUGUGAACCCAAAGAGGUUCAACAUGCUGGCCAAAACACGUCAGACCUGGAAGUCGGAUGGGAUGAACACAGCUGAAUAUGAGAUGAUCUCACGGGAAUACAUGCCCCUCUACACCAACAUCACUGUUAACAUUGGCACUGAGGCCGGUCUACAUUCCCCUCCACCUCCUCCAGAAAAAGCUGCAGAAAAACAUCCAGAGAAAAAAUCACCUGCCGAAGUCCCAGCCAACGUCCCAGCCAAAAUGACAGAAGGCGACACUAACAAAAAGCCAACGCAAAAUACUUCUAAUCAUGUAUAACGCUGCCAUGACUUCAAUGGGAUAAUCCUAUUGGUCGAGCUGUAGGAUGCUGUUUUUCUCCUCUAUCACCUGGAGCUGUUUUCACUUUUUUGUCAGUUUUUGGUGGCAUUUCUUUGUGGACAGUGGUACACUGAUUUGGGUGAUUUUAAAAUGGUGAUUUUUUUUUUUUUUUGAAAAUGAAAACAAUUGACCAGAAUUUGUCAACCCUUAGAUGACGGCUCUCCACCUUGGCUCCUGUUCUAUCACUGACUCUUCUUCCAAUGGGAGCCACAGUGAAGGGUAAACGUUGGACUCUGUGAGUUUAUAUAUCUACUGCGCUGUGGUCGCUGGCUAAACCUUGUGAUGCCUUAGAAGCUUGUUUUGUUUUCUGUCUCUUCACUCGUACCUUACAUUAUUCCGAAUAUUGGGUUUGAUAGAGCAGUAGCUGUGAUUUCCAGCAGUCGCACUCGUUUUUUUUUGUCCAAAUGCCAAUGACUACAUGACUGAAGGAGAGUGUGUGAAGCUGCUACAAUGAGUGAUGAAUGAAGGAACUUGAAAAUGUUGUUUAUUACUUCUGCAUCUAUUACUGCUUCUGACUGAGCGCUGCACAUACGACCACCUGUCUGCAAAUACCUGGGGUCUCGUUUAGAAAGACCUUUAUCCGUUUGGUUUCUGCAUCAGGUGGACUAAAUCCUUCAAAUGUUUUCAGAUGCUGUACACAUACAUUACCUGUCAUUUUCAGUGGAAAUACUAACGAGAAUGAGAGUUCAUUUUACGUCUUGGUUCUGUAAACAGCUGCAUUCAAUUCAGCCUUUCACAUUUCAGCAUAUGGGAUAUCUACAUUUGAUUUUCUGUCGUUUUUGUUAUUGUGUGCAUUCACCUUUAUCCAAUAGAGCACCUCUUUGUGACGGUGAUCAGUCCUCUGCCUUCAGAUGAGCUUAACAUCAAAAUGGAGUCUGUCUUGCUUUAAAACAAUUUUUUAUUUAUCAUUUGAUCAUGUGCAGUUUACUUUACAUCUCCUUAUGUAGAUGUUUCCCCCCAAGAGUGCUGGCUUACUCCCACAACACUUUAUAUGCAGUCAAAUGUUAUAAUGUAUCUUUUGCCCACUUCCUUUCCUUAAUCUAUACAUAUCAUGGAGAAAUGCACUCAAAAAAGUAAAAAUAUAUAUAUAUAUAAUUUACCUCAGUUCAAUUGAAGGAAUAUUAUGAUCUUGUUUGUGUUUUGAGAGAAUUCUGUGACUUCUUGUUAGGAUAUGAUUCAUUAAAACCGCCACAGAAUAGUGUCUAAAUGGCACUCAAUGAAACUGUGUUCAAAUUAAGCAGAUUAUAUCAGUUCACGAUUUCUUAGCAAUAUUGUUAUACUUAUAGUCUCACCACCAUUUUUAUUUGUAUUUUCUGUUCUCCCCUUUCAAACACACAGAAACUAUUUGUCCCUGUGUAAUUUUCAAGUUUGGUCCAUAAUCUUACUCUGGAAGCCUUCACAUCGAAACAUCUGCCAUUUCCUUUCCACUUGUGCCCGUAUACUGCAUGUCUGCGCCUCCUUCGCUUCCCUCCACUCUGACAGAUUUGAUUGUAAAGAUGCGAAAAAGAGUCCCCUCUUCCACUGAGAGUGGCUGUACUGGCAGGUGAACAGGCUGAAACCAAAGGUGUGUGUGUGUGUGUGUGUGUGUGUGUGUGUGUGUGUGUGUGUGUGUGUGUGUGUGUGUGUGUGUGUGUGUGUGUGUGUGUGUGUGUGUGUGUGUGUGUGUCUAUCAAAUCAAUACUUGUAUGUUGUUCAAAGAAUCUCACACCAACAUGUAUUCAAAACACUCAUAAUUUACGUUUUUUUUCUUUUUUGUGAAGAGAUGAAGAUGGUCCAUGAUGAUUACAAGUGAUUUAUUUUCUGAAUGCUGUACUGAACUUAUUUUUUCAUCAUGACAUUGGGCAUUUGUCCGUGUUAGGGGACGAUUUGAGCUCUGAGAGUGUCAACCUGUGAUUUCCAUAAUUAGAUGACUAUAUACUGUAUUAUCAUUUUGAUGUGACUUCAUAUUCGUCUCCUAUGGCCUUAGCAACACAUAAUAGUGUUAUUUCAACUUGUGCUCACUAAUACAAUAGCAUCUUUAUAUCAAGACUUAAUAUGCAUGGCAACAAACCUAUUAGCGAGGAAGUGUACCGAGCACAAUGUGAAGAUGAUACAUAUCAGUGCUCCUCUAGAAGAAUAUGACGCAUGCUGAAGUGUCUAUGUUGUGAACUGGAAACGUUCUUAUUGUGACUGUAAAUGCAAGUUUCUGCUGUGGGGAAUGCUCCUCACUGUUAAAUGUAAGGAUUCAAGUAGGGCAUUUCUCAGAAAGAUGUACAAAGGAAGCUUAUAUUCCCAAAGUCACAGCAUACAGUCUCCAUCUUUAACUGUGCGACACUCGACCUGAUGUUUUGUGUUUCUGAUUUAAGCUACUUUACGUUGACUCCGUUCUGAUGUAGAUCAGCAGCAAUAGAAAGCAGUCAUCACAGGGUAGCACUGACGUAACCAAGAGCAAUGUGACUUUGUGAGUUGUUUCUGCUCUUUAUGAAUUCUGCACAGUCCAGAGUGGCCUUAAAUUCAUUAUUAAACUGAUUAUUCAAAAGCAA